CUUUCUAUUAUUCCCAAAAACCUUUUCCUUUUUCUAUCUCAAACAUUCUAUAACUUUCCUGGGGAAAAUUCAAGGUAUUCAUUGAAAUUUUGAAUUUUGAAAUUUGAAAUUUGAAAUAGAGAAAGAAAGGAUGAAGAUUCAGUGUAACGUGUGUGAAGCUGCGGAAGCUAAGGUUAUGUGUUGUGCUGAUGAAGCGGCGUUGUGUUGGGAUUGUGACGAGAAAGUUCAUGCUGCUAAUAAGCUUGCUAGCAAGCAUCAGAGAAUUCCUCUUUCUAGUUCUUCUUCUCAUAUGCCUAAAUGUGAUAUUUGUCAGGCUGACUGUGGUAAGUUUGAUUCUGAUUCUCCUGUUUUAACAUCCAACGACGAGGAAAUGGAGUACGACGACUACAUGGACCGCGUUCCAGAUUCAUGUUGGACAGUUCCUCAGGUCCCUUCACCUCCUACAGCUUCCGGGCUAAACUGGCCGAGAAACCCUCGGUAUUCAUCGGAUAAUACUCUAUUUGUUCCUGACAUAAGCAUGCAACAGUCUCAGAAUAAUAGUAAUUUUUCAAGAUCGCAGAAUCAUCAUUAAUUUGGUUCCUCUCAUUUGUUAUGAUGCUAAGGGAUCUCUUUUUAGAGAAAUUUGAGCUGAUUAGCUCCAAAUUUAUAUUCAUGAAUGUCUUUGUUUCUUUUUGGAGUAAAUUUCUAACUCUUAUUGAAUUGGAGUGAUGAAGACCUUUCUUUUGAGAUUGCUAUUUGUAACAUCUUCAUUUCAUUUCUAGAAUCCUAUGUAGAUUAAUCUAUUUGGAUGAAUAUCUUGUAAAAUUUUAGUUUCAUUGAGAUUUUUGCUCCUUCACUAUGCA